UGUUUGAGACUGUCCACCUAUCAUCCUACUAUAGUGUAGUUCAAAUCCAUAUCUUGCUACUGGAUGUACAAAAUUGGGUGUACUGUGCAAAAAAUAUUUCAUUUGAGUGCGUGAAUCCGUUUCUUAAGUUUAUUACCAGUGGUAAAAGCUUAACAGUUAUUACCGUUUCUGUUCGAAACAGCGACUAAACCAUUUUAGUUAGAACAUCCCAGAACCAUAGGAAAUUAGUUUUCAGCUUCCACUAUAGGGCGGAGUAUCAGACAUUUUUAUUAAAGCUUCAAAAAUGACAAACAUUGCUCAACAGCACGAUGUUGUGAAAAACAGUUUCUUUCAAUUCAUAAACACUCAUAUUCCGGAUGCCGAUCUCAGCAUUGUUGACGACAUUGUGCUGUCCUAUGUAAUCUCAAUAUUGGAGGAAGCUUCUCAGGAUCCGUGCUUUGAUGUGGAAGGUUUUAUCGAAAUGAUGUCAGCGUAUUUCAACGAUUUUUCCAACAUCGAACCGGCCACAGUUUGCUCCUGGAUAUUCCAGCUGGAGAGUCAACUAUCAGAGAAACACAACAAGCCAAACAACAAUGAUGUGCAGAACCUAUCGUUGAAUUCUCUGAGCUUGGCCGAUAUUCUCCCUGAGGAGAAGCUUCGCGGUCGUCAAUCAUCAAUUUCUGAAAAUGACCAAACUGCUAAUGGCGGUGGUUGUCAUCCCAAACGAGUUCAGCAUCUCUCAGAAACAAGUGAUGCAGGUUCAACCGAUAGCUCGAAUUGCGAUCUUUUCAGCGACGAGUGCGAAGCGUUGCAAGAAAUGUUUCCCGAAAGUUCACUCAUUGAGGUUAAGCAUUGCAUUUUGAUUGCGAAUGGAGACAUCGAUCGCGCUACGCAAAUAUUGCUCCAUCGCCAGGAAGCAGGGCAGAGCCUGAAAGGUAUCCCAAACAAUUUGCAAACCAACAAAUCGCUUCCGCAAAUCGACGAGACUGAGCUGAAGAAUAGAAUCAUUUCAAGAUACUCAUACGUUGAUAAGGAGGACCACCGCGAGUACAAACCGGUCGCACCGAAAGUAGAGCCGAAAAAGCUGAUUCGUUAUCGAGACAACAAAAUUGUGUCAUUAAAAGGCGAACGAUACACCGAAGUAUCGCGCCGUGGAGGAGAUGAAGAGACGGAGCUCAAAAAGCCCAAGAAACCUAUUUGUCCGUAACUAAAAUGGAUCCUGCUGCUGAUGCUAUUCAUAGCCAAUACAAUAGCUACAAUUAUCAAGUUUUGUACCCCAAAAAUUGGGGUACAACACAGUCAACAAUCGAAAUUACUAUUAUUCGUCGUGUGUGUAGUAAUUGUAACCAUGAUAUGCAUUAUAAUUUCCCCGAAAACGUGUAACAAAUUAACUAAGAAUAGUCAACAAAACCAGCAGCAAGAAGAAAGACUAUACGAGUUUGAUAACGACUAUCUAAUAGCGACUAGUAACCAUAAUCACCGUAUUGGAUCCCAUGGAACUUUUUAUGUUUUGACUACAUAUUGCUUUGAAUUUCUGCGGCGAAAUGAGAAGUCACUAGAAUCUCUUAUAACCAGUACUGAAGCUCCUUGUUUUACUUCAUACAUUCAAAAUUGUCUCAAAAGACUUAUGCUUGGAAGUAUAUUAUUACUUCGUUCCACUAAACAAGGCUUUCGUUCACAGUGUCAAAACAGCAAAGAAAUCUCAUUUCACAUUUUUUAUACAAGCCCUGUCAUAGAUGUUCCUAAUCAUCAUUAUUUCUAUUUUAUAUUUAUUUUAGUGAUACUAUUUCGGUACUUAUUAUCUACUAUGUUCACGUUUAUUAUUGUAUUUGUUAGUAUUAAUUCUAUCGUAACGCGUCGUAUAGUUUAUUUCGUUUAUUCGCGAAUAUACGGAACCUCAUUUAAACUACAUUUAUAGUUUUGAUUGUAUCCGAAAUUCUUUAUAGUUUUUUGUUUCGAUAUUGUUGAUGCUAAGAAUACCGUUGAAGUUGAUUCAAUUGCCUGCAGCGUGUGAGGUUUGAUACUUCUUUGACAAGAACGAAUGUGAUUCGAUUUGUGAUAAUUUAGUUAUCAUU